GUUCCUUCACUCGGCUGAAGAUGGCGGAGGGUGGCGGCUCGUCGCUGAAGGGGCUGCGGGAGCAGAUGGUUGCUGCAGCCCAAGCAAUAGCAGAAGAAAGAAGAAACCAAAGUGGUAUUAGCCCUGUUCCAGUCCAAACUGCAAUAAACCUACAGACUGCAACUAAACCAGUGAUAGAUGGCUCUACUCUCAGAACAGAAGAAAGACAAAGACUAGCCCGGGAGCGAAGAGAAGAGCGGGAAAAGCAAAAUGCUGCCAAAGAAACACAGAUAUUUGAAAAGGAAAAAAAAGCAAAACUCCAGUAUGAAAAACAGAUGGAAGAAAAGCAGAGAAAAUUGAAAGAACAGAAACAGAAAGAAGAACAGAGAAGAGCUGCAGUAGAAGAAAAAAGAAAACAAAAAAUAGAGGCGGAAAAGGAGCGAUAUGAAGCAGUUGUGCAUCGUACCUUGGAGCGGAGCCAACGGCUGGAAACACGACAAAAGAGAUGGUCAUGGGGAGGGUCUGUAACUUCAAAUUCAGACAGCAAGACUGAGCCACAGACUGCAGAUGAAGGUGGAGCUGCCAGCAAACGUUCCACAUCCACAGCAAACCUCAAACAAACAGAAGCUGUCAUUAACAAACGUUUGUCAUCUUCUACAGCACUUCUAAACUCUCCUGAUCGGAGUACCACAAAGAGAAGUGCUUCAUUAAACAGACUGAGUAACAAAGUUUCUCUGCAGUCUGAGCAGCCACCACCAAAAGGUUCACAGGUGGAACAGAAAGGAGGAACAGAAAAGAAGAGGAGCACGUCUUUGAAUAGAAUAAGUAGUAAACCCCAUUCUUCUACUGAACUAGAGAAAGUGAAAAAGGAAGAAAGACCAGCUCGUCGCUCUCAGAUCAGUCCUCUGGAGAGUAAUGUAAUCAGUCGCCUCCUCGCCCCCACACAGGCCUCCUUAGCUAGGAGUAAAAGUGCUGCUACAUUAUCGGCUGAUGGACAAGAUCCCUCAGCUUCAGCCAGUUCCAUCAGUUCUCCAAUCCAAACUCCUAAAGUGCCUGUGCGCAGCCGUAGCAUCGACAGAUUGAAGACCACUGUAUCUUCAUCUGACACCAGCUCUCCAGAAUCCACACAGAAAUCGGCGACAGAAAAGCAGUACCCAAGUCCUGCUGGGAGGCGCCCUCCGUCGCCAUCUGCGUCAGCUCGUAGAAGAUCUCCGUCCCCUGCUAACUUGGCAAAACGUCCUUCAUCUCCCUCUACAGCUAGACAAAAUCAAAAGGCCCGUCCACCUUCACCUAGUGUAUUGAAACAAAGGCCAUCAUCCCCCACUACAGUCUCCAAACCAGCACCUAUUCAACGCCUGCCUCUCACACCAAGUGUUGUGAAUAUUACCAAAAAGAAACCUGAAAUGGAGUGCAAACCAAAGGACAAGUGCGAAGAAGGAGCAGGACAAGAGCAUGGCACUUCUCCAACCUCUGAGAGGGAAACUGUCGCAAUUGCUGCAAAGACCAAAGAAGAAUCCAGUAGCAAAAAUAUUCCGGGAACCACAACAGCCGAAGAAGCCGCUAAAAUCUUAGCAGAGAAACGACGUCUUGCCCGGGAGCAAAGAGAGCGUGAAGACCAGGAAAGAAUUCAGAGAGAAGAGAAGGAAAGGAGCAGAGAAGAAGAAAUGGUAAAGAAAAUGAUUGAAGAUAAAGCACAAAGAGAGGAGGAGCUCCAAAGACUGGAGGAAGAAAAAAGACUUGAUGAUGAAGAACAGCAAAGACAAGCUGAAGAGAGAGUUCUCAAAGAACAGGAGGAGCAGGAAAAACUAAGAGAGGAAGCUGAAGCAAAAGCCCAAGAAGAAGCUGAAAGACAACGGCAGGAGCGAGAGAGGAUUAUGCAGCAAAAUAUGCAGGAGAGACUUGAAAGGAAAAAGAGAAUUGAAGAAAUAAUGAAAAGAACUCGGAAGUCAGAACAGAAUGAAGCCAAGAAUGAAGAGAAGUCUGCUAAUGAGGCUGACGAGGAAGAGGAUGCUGAAGAGGAGGAAGAGUUGGGCCUUGAAAAAACAUAUCAACCAGAAAAGAUAAAUGGUGUUGAUCUGUCUCAAGAAAUCAAGGUGCAGACACAAUAUAGUUCUGAGUUUGCAUGUGGUUUGACUUCUAUAGAAUCUUCAAUGCAAGAUAUGUCAAAAAUGGAGGCGGAUGAAGUACUUAUGAAUGGAGAUGAGCAAGACAUUUAUCAGAAGAAGAAGAAUGAGGGGUCUUUGCAUGUUAUGCAGCUAAAGGAUUACAGUCCUUCAGCAAAAGAAAUGGUUAUCCAGAAUUCAGAAAUAUUGCACGUUAAUGAAGCUGAUUGUACGAUUGGACUUAUACAGAAUCUCAAUGGAAAAUCUAAUGCAUGGACUUUUGAAGAAAUUAUUGAUCUUGGAGUACAUUCCAAGUCAACCAAACUGAGUUCAGACAGCAUCACUGCUGAUAACUGUAAUGAAAACUUGAAUGAUGCUGCUACCCUUCCCUCUAGUCCAAAAUUGGCAUUUGAGGACGAUGGCACGGUGAAUUCCUUGACCAAACCUAUCGAGACUGCAUCAGCCAUAUUGGAUCAGUCCAAAGGUCCAUCUAGCCCAGUAUCCUGUCUACCAAGAGUGGCCAAUGCCAGGUGCCCCAGAGGGAGUGAAUCUAACAGGAUCUCCAACACACCAGUUCAAAAACGUGCUCCUAACCAGAGAUCUCCACCCACAUGA